AGGAAAUUUUUAAUUUGCAAGGAAAAACAAAAGUUUCUCUCUUCAGAGGUCUCUCCAGCAGCAGCACACGGGAUUUAUCGCCUCUCCUUUAACUCAGCACGCGUGUUUGCGGCUGGAAAUUCUCCCGAACGCAAGUACCUGCUCUUCUCCUCCCUCACCGGGGAAAUGGGGCGAUUUGGUGGCAGAAAUUCCGAGGAAAAUACACUUUUGUUAGUCCAAAGAAACACAAAUCGAGCACACCGAAGGGCUCCCCGGCCGUGCAGCGGGGCGGGCUCUGCAACGCACCAAUCACCGCGCGGCAUCUCUCUAAAAAUACGAGCAUCUGACCCGCGCCAGCCCAAUUGUGUUCGCCUGCUCCGCAGAGGACGCCGCCGCCGCCGCGAUGUCCGAGACCGCUCCCGCCGCCGCCCCCGAUGCAUCCGCGCCCGGCGCCAAGGCCGCCGCCAAGAAGCCGAAGAAGGCGGCGGGCGGCUCCAAGGCCCGCAAGCCCGCGGGCCCCAGCGUCACCGAGCUGAUCACCAAGGCCGUGUCCGCCUCCAAGGAGCGCAAGGGGCUCUCCCUCGCCGCGCUCAAGAAGGCGCUGGCCGCCGGCGGCUAUGAUGUGGAGAAGAACAACAGCCGCAUCAAGCUGGGGCUCAAGAGCCUCGUCAACAAGGGCACCCUGGUGCAGACCAAGGGCACCGGCGCCUCGGGCUCCUUCCGCCUCAACAAGAAGCCUGGCGAAGUGAAGGAAAAAGCCCCCAAGAAGCGGGCCGCCGCGGCCAAGCCCAGGAAGCCGGCUGCCAAGAAGCCUGCCAGCGCUGCUAAGAAGCCCAAGAAGGCGGCAGCAGUGAAGAAGAGUCCCAAGAAAGCCAAGAAGCCGGCAGCUGCCGCGGCCAAGAAAGCAACCAAGAGCCCCAAGAAAGCGGCCAAGGCAGGCCGUCCCAAGAAAGCGGCGAAGAGCCCGGCCAAAGCGAAGGCGGUGAAGCCCAAGGCAGCCAAGCCCAAGGCAGCCAAGCCGAAAGCGGCCAAGGCGAAGAAAGCAGCACCCAAGAAGAAGUAAACUAUAACAGGAGUGCUGCUCUACAUAUUUUGUUAUCAAACGGCUCUUUUAAGAGCCACCCACACUUUCCCUAAAGGAGCUGAGGCACCAAGUCGUCAGUAACCUGCAGCAAGGAUCCAGUAAUUCGUAAGUCGUCGGCGGUCAAUUGUGGUUUCUUGUUUUGUUUUUUGUUUUUUUUUUCCCUCUUCCCCCUCCCCAACCAUUACCGAAAGAAAUGCUAAUGAGCACAGUAUAACGCGGCGGCUUUAGGGAAGUGUACACUUUUACAUCCGUUAUGCUGAAUGAUUGGUUUGAUUACCAGGAAGUAAUUUUUAUAAUGAUUUGAUAAAAAUCGGCUGCGUGAUUUUUUAAAGCAUAUAUUUUGUAACAAAAGUAAUGCAAUUGCCAGGCACGCUGCUACUGAGCCAUGUCUAACCUAUUGUGUUAUUUCUUUUAAGGUGUUUCCUUAAAUGGUUGUCUCUGGGGGAGGAGGGGAGGGUUUCCUUACAUACCCGUAAACAGGCCUGAGCUCUCGCAGUCCUUUUGUUCCCGAUGAGAGAGAAAAAGAUCUUUAACUCUUGAAAAAGCCCGCCCUGACCAAGGAUUGGCCAGCGGAGAGGCCAGCCCGCAGCUCCUUCACCCCCACCCCCCCCCAGAAGAUGAAUACGCCUCAUAUCUCUGGUGCCGGUUCAGCCACUCCCCAGGGAAGAAAAACGCGGAAAAGGGGGGAGGGGCGGGAGCGCUCGCCGAAGCAUUGGGAACUUUGUUCUUCGGCAUAACCACCAAAGGGAAAAUACCCCAUACUAGGAGCAACUUACAUUGGGAGGACGUUCUAGCACGACUUUGUGUUGCUACUAUCACCAAGCCAAAAACAAUUAAUAAACAUGGAGAAAAUAAGAAAAA